AUAUGAUGCGGUGUGGCGCGCAAAGAUUGAAAAUGGAUUCUGAAGAUGCUGCCAAGGCUUCGCGGAAGAUAAGCUGCUGCAGUAAACAGGCAGUUUCAACAGCAAUCACAACACUUUUGUCGUCAGUUAACCAGCACAUAGACAAAACAAAGUACAAUGAGGAAUUUAGGGAAGGAUUAAAGCAAAGAUUUAAGGAGAUUUAUGAAAACACAGUCCAUGACAAUAUUACAGUAGACGGUCAAACAUGGAGUCAGUCAUUGGAAGAUGGGAAUACAACCAAAGAUUAUGAAGCAGUAGAUUUGGAACUAAAGAAAGAAGUUUCAACAAGAACACUUGAGUUAGAUGAACUAAUGGUGAAGACAACAGCUAAGAGAAGGACACACCCUACCAAGGUUUCUCAUGAGGUCACUAAGCGUAUGAAGCAUUUAAGACACGCAGUGGAAAAAUACAAACCAGUGAUACAGCCAGUACAGAUAAAAGAUAAAGAGCUGCCUAAGCAAGUUCUUGAUGAGGAAUCCAAGCGACUUCAGGAAGCAGGAUGUUCCAUAUCUGCUAUAUCACGGGAUCUGCCAUUGUUGGAGGAUAAGGCAUCUCGAUUGAUUGAAGCAAGACAGCUGAGGUCAUCAAUGAAGAGUAACCGGAUCUAUAAGAUCAUCUCACAACCUCUGACGGAUGAAAGCAAGAUGGCUGCCUCUUUGACACCUCUACAGCACAGAUUAGCCAAUGAGACACCGUCCCCAAUAAAGCAAACACCCAGACACAGUUUACGAGCCCUCAAGGUUCAAAGUCAUCCAAUUAAUAACAAUUUCAAAGUUGAAGCUUCUGACAAAUCAACCUGAAAUAACCAAAAUAACUUUUCGGAAUGUGAACUUUAUGUAAUACAGGGAAUCCCAUUCAAGAAGGGCCAUGAGGAACUUUUUUUUCCUUUGCCUGGUUUUUGAUAUAUCAGGUGUUUUAGAUCAUAGGAUUUAAAGAACUAGGGUGGUAUUCUGAGGUGAUUUCAUCUUUAAACAUAUCUAAUUUUACUUUUAGAAUGAAAUUGGUAUUCUGAGAUCAGAUUUUAUCUUUGAGAUUUUUUAUCUUAGAUAAGUUUUGAUCUUGCGUAUUUAAAUACGGAGCAGAACAGUGCCUGCAUAGACAUGUGCAUUGUGUAUCUAAUCAAAGCUACACAGAUUAUGUGCUUGUGCCCAUGUUACUUUGAAGAAUUUACAUAAAAUCACCUUAGAAAUAUGGUGGGGGCUAUUUAAUCUCUGCGACGUCCAUUUCUAACUUUUUUAAGAAUUUAUUUGGCUUACAGCUUUUUUGGGCCGGCAUAUGUAAGUUCUGUACUUAGGGGUUUUCAUUUAGGAGGUUCCUCAUCUUCAUUGGCUGCAAAAAU